UUGUGCAACCGUAAUACAAGGUUUCAAAGCAUUUGUAACAGUGUCCAAGCUGAACUGUAGAAUAAUUACAGGAGUAAUUUGUGGACCUGAAAAAUAACUGACAAUGGCGGUGUUACAAAUGGUACUGCUGCUCUGUGCUGGGAGUUCACUUGCAGAGGAGUUCUUUUCACCAACUGUGAACAUUAUUGCUGAGCUUGAGAAACUGAAAAGCAUGAAUGAAAGGAUACAAAAGUUAGAAGAAACACUGGCCAAAGUGUUGAAUGAAAAUGAAGCAUUGAAAACCACAGUACAAGAUUCACAAAAUAAGCUUGAAUCUUUCCAGAAAGAGAACGAAGCCAAAAAAGUCGCCUUUUCUGCUGGACUUCUGGAAUCAGGAACAGGAAACACUGGGCCCAUUAGUACUGCAAAAAUUCUGGUCUACAAAAAAGUCUUCAGUAAUAUCGGAGGUGCCUAUGACUCAAAUACUGGUGUUUUCACAGCACCAAUGAAAGGAGCGUAUUACUUCAGAUUUAAAGGUCAUUCUCAUGGCGGAACCACAAUGGCAGUCAGUCUCUUGAAGAAUGGUCAAACCCAGUGCUCUCUGCAUGCUUGGAAGCCUGCUUCCAAUGGUAAUGCUAGCAAUGGCAUUGUUCUCACACUUGAGACCGGUGAUCAAAUUUCUACACGACUUUGGCAGAACACCUGGGUUUAUGAUGAUCCAGCAAGUUACACCAGUUUUGGUGGUUUUCUGAUUUUUCCCUUGUGAAUGUCUUUAAUAACCCAUAUCCAGUGCAGUACACAAUGUGAAAAUUAUUUUAUGGAAUUUAAUUGUUCCUGUGUAAGUGAACUAUAUCUUUGUAAGUAAGAGUAAACAUUGCGCACAAAGAAGGGAAAUUAUUGCUUUUGUUACAAUAGCUUUAAGUCUAAACAAAACAGAGUGAAGAAGAGUAAAGGAGCUAAGCUCAUGAUCUUUCUAAGAACAAGAGUAGCACUUUCCAUGUUUCUAGCAUAUCAAAUGUUGAACAUUUAAUUAAAAAAAACAACUAUUAUGUCACUGA